UUUGAAACCCCUAGCUCAAAAACAAUGGCCAUCUCAAGGCUUCUCAUUGCUACCUUCUUCAUCUCCUUCCUCGUCCUCCAGCUCGCCCAGGCUCAUGAUCAUCAGCAAUCCAAGAAGGCCUUCGGAUUAACGGGCUACACCGGUAGCUCUCCAAAACUCGGUGGCUGCGUCCCUACCGGAACCGCCGGUAACUACGACGAGUGUCCUUGCUACGGCACAAUGACCACCCACGGCGGCCACCGCAAGUGCCCUUGA